GCCUCAUAAGUACACUCCACAGCUCCUGUACGCUAGUGUUCCCGGAGUAGAUUCCGGGUUAGUAGGCUGUGUGUAAUAAUAAUAAUAAUAAUAAUAUUAAUAAUAAUGGCUAACAACUCUCAGUGCCUGGAUGAUCUGCCUUUUGGAGGUCGCUGGCCCGCGGCUCCCCCGGAUCAGUACAACGAGGCUCACCGGCUGGGGGUGGAGGAGCUGAUGUCCGGGGGUCCGGAAGCCAUGCGCGACUUUCUGAAGCGAGAGCGGCUGCCGAGCUUCUUGUCAGAGCCGGAAGUGGGGGAGAUCCUGGGCUGCGCCUCGGUGAUCCCGUGCGGAGAUGACGAGAACUCAAUGUCCGCCUCGGUCGAUUGCUCGUCCGUCACUUAUUUCCCUGAUCGCUCGGACUUGGAGCCGCCUAUUCUGGAGCUCGGCUGGCCGGCCUUCAGCACCGGCUCGUACCGCGGGGUGACUCGGGUGGACGUGCACUUCCAGCCCAGUUUCGAAAACACCAUCUAUAUCUGCAAGGAGGCGGCCCGGGAGCUCAUUAAAUCUGCCCGAGAGGUCAUUGCCUUGGUUAUGGACUGCUUUACGGAUAAUGACAUAUUCAGGGAUAUCCACGAGGCUUGCCGGAAACGUAGGGUCCCCGUCUACAUUCUGUUGGACCAGACACAAGUUCCUCACUUCCUUACUAUGUGUUGCAAUCUGGGUGUUUCCAUUGAAACAGAGCCGCACAUGAGAGUCCGAACAUUAACUGGGAACAAUUAUUAUACACGUUCCGGCACCAAGAUCGUUGGGAAGGUGCGGGAGAAGUUUUUGCUGGUAGAUGGAGUUAAAGUGGCAACAGGAAAUUACAGCUUCACGUGGACUGAUGGAAAGCUUAACAGUAGUAACAUGCUUGUUUUGUCUGGACAAGUAGUAGAGAAGUUUGACUUGCAGUUCAGGGUUCUUUAUGCCCAGUCUAACCCAAUCAGUGCCAAGCUUCUCACAGCUAUAAGAUCCCGCGCUGUUUGCCUGGACAAACUUCCCUAUAAAAUGCCUCCCUCCAAAAAACCUACAAUAAGCAGCCUUUUGCGCAUGGAUCUGGCUAAGCUUUCCAGCACCCCAAAAAAGCAAUUGGAUGAAUCCAGUGCCAAAUACAGAAAUGCUAUUGCCCUGGACAAAGCUGCAGAAGAGGAGUGGCUCCAGAAUUGUGACAUUAUCUCAGGGCUCAAGGAGACUCAGAAUGUAGAAGUUCAGACAGAGCCAUGGGAGGGGGAGAAUCGUAUAAAAGGGGUGGAUGUCGGUGUUCAGACUUCAGUAGCUGCUGCAAGUGCUGCCACACAGACCUCUGUAUUCACAAGAAUAGCUUCCACCCAAACCAUAAUGGUCUCAAGAUCAAUUACCACUCAGACAACAGAACCUGCACAAAGUACAACCCAGGCACCAGCACCUGCUUCUACAGUAGCCCGACUCUCUAACGCCUCAAACUAUUCUUCAUCCUCAUUUUCUUCUGCUUCAACAACCAGUACUGGCUCAAACUGUUCUAUGAAGUCAUCUGAUUUCUCUGUCACUGCCUUUUAUCAGCCCGAGUAUACUCUGGGAAAUUGCUUGAAGAAACUGACCAAGGAGAGGCAGUUUCACUACUCCACCAUCCGCUCUAAACUCAACAAUAUGGUGUCCAUAUUGUCUAAUCGAAACCGUGUACCUAAUUCUUACAUGACCAACGAUGCCCUGUGUUACGGUCUACAGAGGAGAGAUGUUAUGCACAGUAGUCUCCUCAAUCUUCGAGAUGGGGUGCGCUUUUAUCCUAACAUGUGACUAGGGGUUUAUGCCAGGUGUAAGGUCUAUUAUUAAACCUUUCCAGUGUUUUAUUUAUGUGCUUUCACUACUGCUUUAUAUCUCUUUGAAGCACUUUACUUCUUUCCAGUGCCUUAAAAUGAGUAGCAUGUUGUCUUCUCCAGCGUUUGGGCAAUAGAAUAUUUUUGACAAAAAACGCUCCCCUUUUAUAGAUAUUUCUAACGUUCUUUACUCAUUCCCCUUUGAGGGAAAAGCCUAACCUUAGGCAUAAAAAGAAGAGGCAAGUUGGAAAUUGCAUUACUUGUAGGAACAAGUUCAGACUCCUUUUCUAUUGUAGAUGGAUGUGAAGGGAAUUUCAUGUCACCUGCUGUUUGAAACACCUCAGUGAUUGCUUUGAAAAAAAGGCUUCCUUGCUCCAGUAUCAAACCAGUGCCUUGUUUAUGUGUCUUCAAUGAUUAAGUGAUUGACAUGUUUACAGUAGUCUCUACUCCGUCUGCUACAAAACACCCACAGUGAGUAUCCAGCAGUAUAUAGACUAAAUAACAGUUCAUAAAAUUAGCACCUAUUGGCUUAUCUAUGAGACUAAAAUCAUUGCCAUCUUGAAUGCCAUUUCAUCGGUCUUAGGGUUAUUUUACAGUUUUCCUGCGAACCAUAUCAAUGCUCAACAAACAGCCCAUACUCCAAUUGGAGAACACAAGGAAAGACCAUUUGUUUUUGUACAUCAAUGUAAUUAAAUUGGACAUCCAGCAGUUUGUGCACCUGCUGUUUCCCAUAAAGAAGUUACCAGUUUUGCCAUAUUCUUCCUAUUAAACUUGAUCAGAUCAAAACACAUGUACUUGCACAGACAAGACAGACGGAUAUAGAAUGCCAUUUUGUGCCUGCCAUGUAGGAAUGUUUGCAGCAUUACUAAGAUUUCUCUUCGACGACUCGGAUAAAUUGACACUCUUCACCCCCGUCUUUGUUUAAUAUGUAUUUUAACAUUGGCAUCAGUUUUAUUUGACUUUCAUCAACUAUUUAUUUUGAGUCCAUUGCUGCACCUUCUGAAAACAAAUGCGUGUGGGUGGAGAACACCACUGAAUAAUCAGACAAAAAAAAAAGCAAGCAGUGUCUCGGAGAAAGAGUUUAUGUAUAACGAACACCCUGCUUGACGGCGCUUAUACCAGAGAUGAGCAUAGUAGUUACUAUCUGAGAUGUUGUACAUCACUACAGUAUUUUGUAAUGUAUAUAUUCUUUCACUACUUUUUCCAGUCUUAAAAAAUUGGGUAUUUAACCAAUCGGCCAGCAAAGGUGCACAAAAACACCGACCUACAUUCUUUUAUCAAUUGAAUAUAGUUUGCUUGGGCUAUAACAGCAUGUUUUUUUUCCCUUAACCCUAGACUUGCCAGUCACAGUGGUUUGCUCCAGGACCAUUGGUUGCUUGGCAACCCACAUUUCUAAUUGACUUUACUAUAACAUGGAAACAUAGAAUCAUAAAUUCUUUCCGGCGACAUGGAUUCUGCAUUUUUGGCAGGGAAACAUAUUUUAUUAGUCCCUUAGUAGUGUUCCAAAUAUUUGUCAUGUAUAUAAAUUUUUUUUUACCAUAGAAUAUCCUGCAGUGUGAAUAAAGCACUAAGGAGUAUUUUACUUACACUAUAACAUCUGCACAUUUAGCAUUUCUUUACUCAAUUUUGGGCAGCAAUGUGGAGGGUCAAAUCUGGUUGACCCAAUUGAUUGGCUUACAGAUCAAUGAUUAGAUUGUAAUAGGAACCAACCUCGUGCUGGGGAAAAAAAGGGUGCAAGGUGCAUCUGAGGGUGCAGACCAGCCCUGCCUUAGGGCAAGUGGUAAUAACAGGGCCCUGAUGUGGUCGGUGGCUUCUGCUGCUUCCUAUAUUGCACAUCUAAUGGAUAUGGGGAUGAGUGGGGGAGGUGUCUAAAUUCCCCCCCCCUUCCUACCCUCACAUUCAGCCCUAUAUUCUUUGGAGCAGCCACUAGUCUCUGUUCUCUGAAAUGAAACAGAGACCUGAAGAAAGGCAAUAUGCAUUGCACCAAUUUUAUUUUUUGCACACUGCCUAGGAGAUCUUAAAUUACCCCUAUUAUUAUUCUUUCUUUAAUUUAGAGCUAAUAAUUACGUGUAAAGUAGCUCACCUUCUUGACUGUAAAGGAACAUCAUUAUUGAUGUUGUUUGUGCAGUCUAUGCAGAUGAUAUUCCUGCUAGAAAAAGAGGUUAGAAAUGGAACUAUCUUCUUAAUAAUAAUCACCAAAUAAUUAAUCUACUCAAAAUUCAUGUCAGCAAGCAGGAUGUGCUAAAACAGCAAUAUACAGUGUAUAUACGGUUACAUUCAACACUUUGAAAAAAAAAUACAGACCCCAAGUUUGUGUUUUAUGUAAACACUUUUAUUUCAUAAACCUGUAGCGUAGCCGGCAUGGUGAAGACUUGGAUUAGGCACUUUUGGGUGGUUCAGGUUUAUGGGUUUGUUAUGUUUGCUAUGUAAAUAUUAUCUAGUAAAAAUGUUUUAAUUUCCUGCAUGUCUCGGGAUACAGUAAAUUAAUUUGUGUUUGUUUGGGAAAAGGUUUAUUAAACUUCUGAUUUUAAA